AUGUCCCUGGGGAAGUCCUCCAAGAGUUUGGGGUAUGGGACCACGUUUAAUGUAUCUGUUCAGGAAACGGGUCACACAGUCCAUUACCCGGGUCACACAGUCCAUUACCCGGGUCACACAGUCCAUUACCCGGGUCACACCUUCCAUUACCCGGGUCACACCGUCCAUUACCCGGGUCACACAGUCCAUUACCUGGGUCACACAGACCAUUACCCGGGUCACACAGUCCAUUACCCGGGUCACACCGUCCAUUACCCUGGUCCAUUACCCGGGUCACACCGUCCAUUACCCGGGUCACACAGUCCAUUACCCGGGUCACACCGUCCAUUACCCGGGUCACACAGUCCAUUACCCUGGUCACACAGUCCAUUACCCGGGUCACACAGUCCAUUACCCGGGUCACACAGUCCAUUACCCGGGUCACACAGUCCAUUACCCGGGUCACAACGUCCAUUACCUGGGUCACACCGUCCAUUACCCGGGUCACACCGUCCAUUACCCGGGUCACACAGUCCAUUACCCGGGUCACACAGACCAUUACCCGGGUCACACAGUCCAUUACCCGGGUCACACCGUCCAUUACCCUGGUCACACAGUCCAUUACCCGGGUCACACCGUCCAUUACCCGGGUCACACCGUCCAUUACCCGGGUCACACAGACCAUUACCUGGGUCACGCAGUCCAUUACCCGGGUCACACAGUCCAUUAUCUGGGUCACAAGGUCCAUUACCCGGGUCACACAGUCCAUUACCUGGGUCACAAAGUCCAUUACCCAGGUCACACAGUCCAUUAUCUGGGUCACACAGUCCAUUACCCGGGUCACACAGUCCAUUACCUGGGUCACAAAGUCCAUUACCCGGGUCACACCGUCCAUUACCCGAGUCACACCGUCCAUUACCCGGGUCACACCGUCCAUUACCUGGGUCACAAAGUCCAUUACCCGGGUCACAAAGUCCAUUACCCGGGUCACAAAGUCCAUUACCCAGGUCACACAGUCCAUUACCCGGGUAAUGCAUCUGGCCUUCCUCUGGACUCCUCAGCUAUAGAGAGAGUCCAGCUGUGGUCCACUGAACCUUGGUCUCCUGUUUGGUGCAGUUGUCGUGUUGUCUGUGGACAGGAACACUCUGUCAUGUUGUCUGUGGACAGGAACAC